CACUUGAAUUGAUCAUCGAUGGUUUAAGUAAUAGAUCGAAGAAUUUAACUAAAAAUUAUAUUAGAUCCGGUCAAUCUGGAAGCGCAUACGCCCUUGGGUUGUUUUCAGGAUACGGAUCUUUGAGUGAUUCGAAAUUACAACCUGUAUAUAUUUAUUCGGUUCCUAGGAGCCAAGAUACGGAAUUGUUAAUGCACCAUGCAUGUCCUUUAUGGCUCGACACGGUCAAAGAAAGUAAUUUUACUCGCAAGCAGCAAGAAGAGAAAUACCUUAACUCAUUUAUAUCAACUAUUUCUCGACGAAUCAGUGAUCGAUUAAAAAUUCAACCAUCUUUAGAUCCUAUUCAUGUUGACUAUAUUUAUCGCGCGUGCUCAUUUGCGGUAUCAUUUUCUAAUAAAUAUGAUACUUGGUGUAGUUUACUCGAGAAAGACGAUUUUUUACAAUUAGAAUACCUCCUUGAUUUGGGAUACUAUUAUAGCUAUUCCUAUGGAUAUCAACUUAAUACCAAAUUGGCUUGUCGAUUUUUCACUAGCUUUGUAGAAUCAGUAGAAUCCUAUUUAACUGGACGAUCACAAGUAAAGAGUACUUUGAAAUUUGCGCAUGCGGAAACUAUAAUGUUUUUGGCAACAAUGCUGGGAUUAUAUGAAGAUAAUUAUCCUUUAACGGCAGAUACUUCGCCACAACAAAUCUCAUCGCGCAAAUUUAGGACUAGCGAAUUGGCACCAUUUACAGCAAACAUUUAUUUUGAGAUAUAUAAUUGUUCAACUAGGUAUGACACUGAUCCUACCUUUGGCACGACCCUUAUUCAACUUAUGGUUAACGAAAAGCCUACAGUGAUACCUAAGUGUAUUCAUAUUUAUUGCCCAUGGAAUAUAUUCAAACAAAUAUUGAGUGAUGCUAUUAACUGUGAUUUUGAUAAUAUGUGUAAAUUGACUUAUCCCAAAUUUAGUUUAUCAAUACAACAUAAUAUAUAUUUUUAA